AUGAGGAGGGCCGUCAUGCGUUUCGCGUUGCCGAUAUUUUUUGUGGUGGCAGCGGUGGUUAAUGGUGAACGGUGGGAUACGAGGCUUCUGUUGACUGAUAAUGCGGAAAGUCAUUCGGAGGGGUACUGUGCAAUGUAUGGCAUCUGUGGAAAGCGCACUGACGGUAAAGUACUCAAUUGCCCUCUUGCUAGGCCUGCUGUCAAGCCGGAUGAAUUACUGUCCCAGAAGAUUCAAAGUUUGUGCCCUACAAUUACUGGAAAUAUAUGUUGUACGGUGGAGCAGUUUGAUGUUUUACGGACACAAGUUCAGCAAGCCAUUCCCUUUGUUGUAGGUUGUCCAGCUUGUUUGAGAAAUUUCUUGAAUCUGUUCUGUGAGCUCACAUGUUCCCCGAAUCAAGCUCAAUUUAUUAAUGUGACCUCCAUUUCCAAGGUCGGGAGAAACACAACUGUUAAUGGAAUUGACUAUUACGUAACUGAUGCUUUUGGCGAGGGAAUGUUCGAAUCCUGCAAAGAUGUAAAAUUCGGCUCCAUGAAUUCACGAGCAAUAGAAUUUAUUGGUGCUAGUGCUAAAAAUUUUAGCGAGUGGUUUGCAUUUAUCGGUAGACGGGCUGAGUUGGGUUUACCGGGCUCACCGUAUGCUAUAAAUUUCUUGCCUAUGGUCCCACAAUCAUCGGGAAUGAGACCAAUGAAUGUGUCCACGUAUUCAUGUGGUGAUACCUCAUUAGGUUGUUCGUGUGGUGAUUGUCCUUCUGCAUCCGCAUGUUCGAGUUCUGAACCUGCUCAAUCACCCAAGAAAGAUUCCUGUUCAUUGAGGAUAGGAUCUCUAAAUGCAAAAUGCGUUGAAGUUGCAAUGGCAGUAGUGUACAUUGUACUUGCUUCUAUAUUCCUCGGGUGGGGUUUCCUCCACAGAAAAAGAACAAGCCCUGCUCCCCUGACAAAACCUGUAAUCAAUGUUUCGAACGGUGGCAUUGUUAGACGUAUAAGCAGCCAAAAGGAUGAAAAUAUACCUAUGCAGUUAUGGGUGGGCCCUGGAAGUAGAGCUUCCAAGGAGAAAGAAUUUUUUGACAAUCAUCUAGCUCCAUUUUACAGGAUUGAGCAGCUCAUAGUAGCAACGAUUCCGGACUCACGAGGAAAAGCUCCUAGCAUCGUGACAGAGAACAAUAUGAAUUUAUUAUUUGAUAUACAGAAAAAGGUGGAUGCUAUCAGAGCUAAUUAUUUUGGUUCAAUGGUAUCACUUACUGAUAUUUGCUUGAAGCCACUCAAAAAGGAUUGUGCCACUCAAAGUGUUCUUCAGUAUUUCAAGAUGGAUCCUGAAAAUUAUGACAACUUUGGGGGUCUUGAUCACGUUGAAUACUGUUUUCAGCAUUUUAGUUCAGCAGAGACAUGCGCAAGUGCAUUUAAAGCACCUCUUGACCCAAGCACUGCACUUGGCGGUUUUUCCGGAAAUAACUAUCUCGAGGCUUCUGCAUUCGUUGUGACGUAUCCUGUGAACAAUGAAGUUGACAAAGAAGGGAAUGGAACAAAGAGGGCUGAGGCAUGGGAAAAAGCUUUCAUUCAGCUUGCAAAGGAGGAGCUUUUACCUAUGGUGCAGUCAAGAAAUUUAACACUUGCAUUUUCAUCCGAAAGCUCUGUUGAGGAAGAGUUAAAACGAGAAAGCACUGCUGAUGCCAUCACUAUUUUGAUAAGUUAUCUCGUAAUGUUUGCUUACAUUUCCUUGACGCUAGGAGAUGCUCCUCGGUUCUCCUCAUAUUAUAUCUCCUCUAAGGUAUUGCUUGGGCUAGCAGGAGUUGUACUUGUAAUGCUCUCAGUACUUGGAUCGGUUGGAUUUUUCAGUGCAGUUGGCAUAAAAUCAACCUUGAUAAUAAUGGAAGUCAUCCCUUUUCUUGUUUUGGCAGUUGGAGUAGACAACAUGUGCAUAUUGGUACAUGCUGUAAAGAGACAGCAGGUAGAAUUGCCUAUCGAGGGAAGAAUUAGUAAUGCUCUAGUAGAGGUUGGGCCUUCUAUGACACUUGCUAGUCUUUCUGAGGUCUUGGCAUUUGCAGUUGGAAGUUUCAUACCUAUGCCAGCUAUCCGUGUCUUUUCGAUGUUUGCAGCAUUGGCCGUUCUCUUGGAUUUCCUUCUACAAAUCACUGCUUUUGUUUCCUUGAUUGUUUUUGACUUCUUGAGAGCUGAGGAUAACAGGAUUGACUGUUUUCCUUGUAUAAAGGUGUCUGGUUCGAAUGUGGAACUGGAUCAAGGUAGUCAUCAGCAGAAACCUGGACUGCUGGUCAGAUAUAUGAAGGAAAUUCAUGCUCCCACUCUAAGCCUGUGGUUUGUUAAAUUGCUGGUUGUCUGUGCUUUUGGCGCAUUUACAUUGGCAAGCAUAGCAUUAUGUUCAAGAAUCGAACCUGGUUUAGAACAGCAAAUCGUUCUUCCUCGAGACUCGUAUCUUCAGGGCUACUUUAGUAACAUAUCAGAGUAUCUUAGAAUUGGUCCCCCACUAUACUUUGUAGUGCAAAACUACAAUUUCAGUUCUGAAUCAAGGCAGACAAACCAGCUUUGUUCCAUUAGCCAAUGUGAUUCUAAUUCUCUUCUCAAUGAGAUUGCAAGAGCAUCUUUAGUACCAGAGUCGAGUUAUAUAGCCAAACCUGCUGCUUCGUGGCUUGAUGAUUUUCUUGUUUGGCUAUCUCCUGAAGCUUUCGGUUGUUGUAGGAAAUUCACAAAUGGAAGCUAUUGCCCUCCCGAUGAUCAGCCUCCUUGUUGUUCAUCAAGUGAUGGUUCUUGUGGACUUAGCGCCAUUUGUCGCGACUGUACUACAUGUUUCCGUCACUCGGAGUUGCAAAACGAUCGUCCAUCAACAGCACAGUUCAGGGAAAAACUCCCAUGGUUUCUCACUGCCUUACCCUCAGCUGAUUGUGCUAAAGGUGGGAAUGGGGCAUAUUCAACCAAUGUCGAGCUUACAGGUCUUGAGGAUGGUGUCGUUCGAGCGUCAGCCUUUCGGACUUAUCACACGCCCCUAAAUAAGCAGGCUGACUUUGUUAACUCAAUGCGGGCCGCUAGAGAUUUUAGCGCGAGGAUGUCUGAUUCUCUAAAGAUUGACAUCUUUCCGUAUGCCGUGUUUUAUAUGUUUUUCGAGCAGUACCUGGAUAUAUGGAAGACAGCUCUUAUCAACCUCGCUAUAGCCAUUGGGGCUGUUUUUGUUGUUUGCUUUGGAAUAACAUGCAGUGUUUGGACUUCAGCAAUAAUCCUUGUUGUUCUAGGCAUGAUCGUCGUGGAUCUUUUGGGUGUAAUGGCGAUUUUAAAUAUCCAGUUGAAUGCUUUGUCGGUGGUGAACCUUGUGAUGUCAGUGGGUAUUGCAGUCGAGUUCUGCGUGCACAUAACACAUGCUUUCUUGGUGACAAGUGGAGAUAGGAACCAACGGAUGAAGGAAUCUCUGGUCACAAUGGGAUCUUCUGUAUUCAGUGGAAUCACACUGACAAAGCUAGUUGGAGUGCUCGUUCUAUGCUUUUCAAGGACCGAAGUUUUUGUGGUUUACUAUUUCAAAAUGUAUCUUGCCUUGGUUCUUCUGGGUUUCUUGCACGGCCUUGUCUUCUUACCUGUAAUAUUGAGCAUGUUUGGGCCGCCGUCAAGAUGCGUGCUAAUAGAGAAGCAAGAGGAUCGGCCAUCCACGUCAUCACAGUUCUAGUUAAUCUAAACCUUGAUGUGUUAUUGUGUAUUAAGAAAGGUGUUUUAGUUUUCUCUCUCUUUUUUUGGUACAGUAUUGUCUGAGAUUAAGAAAUAUGGGUGGAGGAAGUUGAUGUGAUAGUGCUUUUCCAAUUGUAAAGUUGAUUGGUUUACAUGUGUUUCUUUGGAAAGUUAACAGAGAAAGAUUAAAGUUGAUUAUAAAAGGGAGUGUUUCA